GAAAGGGUGUGUUUUUUGAGGGAGAGCAGCUUACAUUAAAUAAUUUGCAUAAGAUAAUGAAGUGUAGGCUACUGCAAUUUUUUAUUUCUUCAAAGUCUUAAUAUCCAAAACCCCACUAUAUCGAUAUCUAUAUAUAUAUAAAAACUACUCCUAUUCGCUCACCGGCGAUGCCGACGCCGGUCAGCAUAGCCAGGCAAUGCUUGACCGACGAGGCGGCGCGUGCUCUGGACGAUGCCGUGGGAGUUGCGCGACGCCGUAGCCAUGCGCAGACUACGUCCCUACACGCUAUCUCGGCGCUCCUUGCCUUUCCCUCAUCGACUCUCCGGGAUGCCUGCGCACGUGCCCGCAGCUCAGCCUACUCGCCUCGACUGCAGUUCCGGGCGCUGGAGCUCUCCGUCGGGGUUUCGCUGGAUCGUUUGCCAUCCUCCAAGGCGUUGGAGGAGCCUCCGGUUUCCAACUCUCUCAUGGCUGCUAUCAAGCGGUCGCAGGCCAGUCAGAGGAGGCACCCGGAGAAUUUCCACCUCCAGCAGCAGAAUCAGACGGCGUCGUUUUUGCGGGUCGAGCUCAAGCAUUUCAUACUAUCUAUUCUUGAUGACCCAAUUGUCAGUAGGGUUUUUGGGGAAGCGGGGUUUCGGAGCUGUGAUAUCAAGAUAGCGAUGAUUCACCCCCCCCUGUCUCCGGUCUCUCGGUUCCCCCGGACCCGGUGCCCGCCGAUUUUUCUCUGCAAUUUGACGGAUUCGGACCCGGCUCGCCGGACUUUCAGUUUUCCGUUUGCGGGUGUCUCCGGGUCUGGCGACGGGGACGAGAAUUCUAGGAGAAUUGGGGAGGUUCUGACUCGGAAAACCGGGAAAAACCCGUUGCUUAUUGGAGUUUGUUCGAGUGAUGCGCUCCGGUGUUUUGCGGACUGUGUAGAGAGGAGGAAAGGGGAUGUAUUGCCAGCUGAAAUUGCUGGGUUGAAUUUGAUUUGCAUAGAAAAGGAGAUUUCUGAGUUUGUUGGGAGAGGAGGGAGUGAAGACAAGCUGGGGCUGAAGUUGAAGGAGUUGGGUCAUAUGGCUGAGCAAUACUCAGGGCCUGGGAUCGCUGUAAAUUUUGGUGAAUUGAAGGCUUUGGUUGGUGAUGAUGCUCCGGGUGAGGCUGCGAGCUGUGUUGUUUCCAAAUUGACUAGUUUGUUGAAGGCCCAUCCUAAUUUGUGGUUGAUGGGAUCAUCUGGGAGCUAUGAGACAUAUUUGAAGUUUUUAACUCAGUUUCCUUCCAUUGAGGAAGAUUGGGAUUUGCAUCUGUUGCCCAUCACUUCUUCUAGAUCUUCAGUUGAAGGUUUCUGCUCACGGUCCAGCUUGAUGGGGUCCUUUGUUCCAUUUGCUGGGUUCUUUUCCACGCCGACUGAUUUCAAAAAUCCAUUAAACAGCACAAAUCAGUCUAUAACUCUUUGUCACCUGUGCAAUGAAAAGUGUGAGCAAGAAGUUUCAGCCAUUCUGAAGGGAGGAUCCACUAUCUCACUUGCUGAUCGGUACUCAGGAACCUUACCUUCUUGGUUACUGAUGGCAGAACCUGAUACAAACAAAGGAGCAGAUGCAGUAAAGGCCAAAGAUGAUGGUAGAGCAUUGAAUGAUAAAGUUUUGGGGGUUCAAAAGAAAUGGUACGAUAUCUGUCAGCGUCUUCAUCAUGCUCCACCAUAUCCUAAAUCCAUUUUCCAGCCUGUCCCACAAGUUUCAGGUGCUGAGUGCUAUGGAUUUAUUCCAGAUAGGAGGGAAACCAGCAGUAAAGAUUCGUCUCCGAGUGAAAGUGGAUCUGCAAAUCUAAGUCCUUCCACUACCAUGAACUUGCAAAAAAUUUCUCCAUCAAAGAUACAGAUACCAUUACCAGUGGUUUCUGAAUCUGAGAGUGUCAAUUUCCAGUCUAAGCUGGCUGGAAGUGUUUCAAAGAGCAAGCAAGUUGAAACAAGAAGCAGCCCCUGGUUUUCUCCUUGCCCUCUGCCAAAUUUGAGCUUGGCCCCUGACCGCACAUCAUCUUCAUGCAUUACCUCAGUGACCACAGAUUUGGGAUUGGGAACACUCUAUGCAUCUAAUAGUCAGGAGACAAAGAGACUUAACUUACAAGGUCACAAAGAACGUAUGAAUUACUUCUCAGGUUCUGUUUCUGCUGAAUUUGAUGUGGUUAGCGUAAAUAAUUCAAGCCAAAUUGGUCAAUCUCCUUCCUGCUCUGUUCCUGAUUUAGGAGGACAAAUGGAUGCAAGAGAUUUCAAGUCACUUUGGAGAGCUCUUGCCAGUAAGGUUGGCUGGCAAGAUGAAGCCAUUUGUGCAAUAAGUCAAACUGUGUCUAGCUGCCGUACUGGAAAUGCAAGGCGUCAUGGCUCAAAUCUCAAAGGAGAUAUUUGGCUCAGUUUCCUUGGACCUGACAAAGUGGGGAAGAAACGUAUUGCAGCAGCACUUGCUGAAAUAAUGUUUAGAAGCAGCAAAAGUUUAGUCUCUGUGGAUUUGGGUUACCAACAUGGAAGUAGUCAAUCAAAUUCUAUCUUUGAUCAGCAUGAAUUGAAUAGCUGUGGUAUAGAGUUUAGGGGGAAGACCAUCACUGAUUAUAUUUCUGGGGAGUUGAGGAAGAAACCGCAAUCGGUUGUCUUCCUUGAAAACAUAGAUAAGGCAGAUCUACUUGUUCAGACCAGCUUGUCCCAGGCUAUUAGGACAGGUAAAUUUCCAGACUCACAUGGGAGAGAGAUCAGCAUCAACCAUAUGAUCUUUGUGACAACAGCAACCUCUAAGAAAGGCAGUAGAAAUUUGGUUUCUGGGAAGGAGCCUGUUGAAUUUUCUGAGGAAAGAAUACUAGGAGCCAAAAGCUGGCAGAUGAAAAUUUUAAUUGGAUGUGUUACUGGGGAGGCCAGCAGAAGCAAUGGCAUGAACGUGUUGGUCACUCCAAGAGAAGGAACCUCCAAUCCAAAGUCUACAAGUAAAAGGAAGUUUAUCGACACUGGCAGCUUUGCUGAGCAGGACAAAUACUUGGAAAUGUCGAAACGUGCAUGCAAAGCUUCUAAUUCCUACCUGGACUUGAAUCUGCCUGUAGAGGAGUUGGAAGAAGAUGUUGAUUUGGCAAAUUGCGACAGUGAUUCCCUCUCUGAAAGCUCAGAAGCUUGGUUGGAAGAGUUCUUAGAUCAAAUGGAUGAAAAAGUGACUUUCAAGCCCUUCAAUUUUGAUGCAGUUGCUCAGAAGCUACUUAAGGAAAUAAGCCUGAACUUCCAAAAGAUUAUCGGAUCUGACAUUCAGUUGGAGAUUGACGGCGAAGUUAUGGUGCAAAUACUUGCAGCUGCUUGGUUGUCAGAGAAAGGGGGAGCAGUGGAUGAUUGGGUUGAACAGGUUCUCAGCAAGAGCUUCACUGAAGCCCGGCAAAGGUACCGUCUUACUGCUCAGUCUCUUGUGAAACUAGUCCCUUGUGAAGGCCUUUCUGUGGAAGAGCAAGCUCCUGGAGUUUGCCUUCCUGCAAGAAUUAUUCUAAACUGAUUUUUGUGCUCAAAUGUGCUUCUUGUAAUUAUAUGUAAAAUGUAGCUUUUAGCAUCUAAAAAAAGCCUUUUAACUGGCAAGUUUUAGAUCCCAUAAUUUUUGGGUUUUACGUAUGAUUUUUGUGCUGUAUCGUCUGCAGUUAAGAGUAUAUAUAAUUCUCUGGGUCCAGGGAUGGUUCACCGCCCUCUUUCUUUCUCGC